CUAUAAAGCAAAGACCCUUCCGUGCCUUUGUGGGUAGGACAAUACCACCUUCUUCAUCCCCUGAAAACAAAAGAUUAAUCAACACUCAACACCAGUACCCAGGGACCUCUUCUCUCUCUCUCCCUGAUCGCAAUGCAGCCGGCCGAUUACACCUCCGCCUCUUAUUACCAGUACCCUCAAAACCUUAACCCUAACCCUAAUCCUAAUCCUAAUCCAACCGAUCAACACCAUCAAAACCCUUUGCCACCACCGUCCUACGCCUCAGCACCACCGUUCGCCACCAAUUAUCAUCACUCCUCUGACUACUCUUCUUAUACCUCAACAUACCAUUCCUAUCCUCAAAAUCCCGAUCCUGGCCCUACCGCGCCUUCCUAUUCUCCGAGCCCUAAUUUGCAACAGUCCCCCUUCAAUCCACCGCCACCACCUCCACCACCCCAAUCUCAACAACCAUCUUUCCCGCAAUUCGAAACCCAUGGGCCGGGUUACCAACCUCCGCCCCCACAACAACAACCGCCCUAUUACCCACCGUACGAUCAGCACCACACCGCUCCGACUUAUACGUCUCCUUCCUCAAUUGCGCCAAACCCUUACGCUAAUCCCAAUUCCAAUUCACAAUAUGCCUCAUUUUCUUCGUCUAAUUACAAUCAAUUAGGAUCAUCAGUGCCACCUGCAUAUGAAAGCCCAUCUGAAAAGAAUCUAAAGUUUGAUCAAAGUGCGGGUUAUGUCGAUGGGUUUCCGGGAAAUUACGGGAGUUAUGGUCGUAGCAGGUCCGAUUUGGGAUCGGAUUCAUAUGGGAAGCGAUAUGAUUCAGGUGGGUAUGGAAACGAGGCGUAUGGUGAUGGAGUGUAUGCUUAUCAAGGGGGUAAGGUGGAGCCGUAUGGAGCUCGGGGCACGACGCCCAAGUCGUCGACUUCGACGAGUUUCGAUGAUUUCGGAAGGCCAAUUGGGUUGUCUUCGGGGAAGGAUCAGUCAACGGGUUCGACAAUGAAGAUUGUGAGGGCGGUUCCUAAGGCUGAUGCUCAGCAAGAUGUGAAGAGUGGGGUUCAGAAGUUUCGGAUUAAGUUACUGCCGGAUGGUGGGAACCACAGCACAAUGGAUGUCCUUUGCCAGGUUGGCUUGGAUGGGAUUCGUAUGCUUGAUCCUAGUACUAGCAGGACAUUGAGAAUAUAUCCUCUCGACACAAUAACAAGAUGUGAAGCAACUGAUUCGGCUACCUUUACCUUUUGGUCGAAAAGUUCUGUGGACAUUGAACCAAGACGAAUUAGACUGCAGUCAAAUAAAUAUACUACCAACACAAUUCUGGAUACUGUGACAGCUGCAACCGUACAGCUUUCGACGACGACUCCUAGGGGUUCUCUGUUCUUCCAUUGA